UAUGUUUACUUUUUUUUUUUUUGGCUUUUAAUACAUUUUUUUCAAGUUAUUAUUAUUACUUGAGUCUAAAUCUAGAUCUACAUAGAUCUAGAGAUUCUAGAUCUCUUAUUCUAGUGGAGAAAUUCAUGGAAAAAUCUUGAAAUGACUCAUUCUGCUUGGCAACAUUGUAAAGAUGGGUUUGUUGGAGUAGACAAAUAUCAGUGGCUAAUGCAGGAUUCUUCAACAACUUCCAACAAGCAGGAGGAUAAUAAUGCUAUUGAAACACAGAUUGAAAUAAAAACUGUGAAGACACCAGAUAGACCAUGUAAAGUGUCCAAAAGAAAAAGAUCAAGAUUCCAUGUCCAGACUCGCAACAUACAUAAAAAUAUUUAUGCUACAAACCAUGAAGAGUUUCAUCAGACUCAUUUAGUGCCACAAUUUCAAGUAGAUAAUCAAUCAGAUUGUCCUCUUGUUAAUGACAUUGAAUGGUCUAGUAGUUCAUCUGAUGAAGACAAGGCUACAAAUGUUAUUUCAAAGAAAAAAAUCAAUGAUAAAAGGAGAUGCGUAUCUCAUUCACAGUUUAAUUCAAGCAAGUCCAAAGAUCUACAUAGUUUUGAUUCCAUAAAAAUAGAUUUAAUAGCUACACCAUCUACUGAUAGUAAUCAAAGAGCUAUAGCUAACUUGAGUGAUAUUUGUAAUGAGGAAAACAAAGUUAGUCAAUUCAACCAACAUUUUGAAAGUAAGACACAAGAUUUUGAGUCUUCAUUGGGUCUGUUACAUCAUGACAGCCCAAUAAGUAAGCACAAAGAAUUCAUAGCUGGACGUGUUAGGAAGCGCAAGCCAAAGAUAUGUUUUCAACACAAGCCCAAAGUUGACUUAGAACUUAUGGGAACAAUAAGUGAUGUAUCUUCAGGCUCAGAUUAUGACAGUGAGAAAAAUGUUCAGCUUGACAUUGAUCACUCAAAGAGAAAAAAAUGUGUGGAACAUUUGUCUGACACUGAAAGUGCAAAGAUUGACCCUACUGGCAUUUCCUCUAGCAGUUCUCCUCAAGCAGAGACUAUACGAGCAAGUGACUGGAUACUAGCUGGUCAGAAACAGAAAACUCCUGUCAAAAUAGAUCCAUUAGAUACAGUUCAAGGACAAGAUUCAACCAAGAAAAAGAAAAAAUAUCCAAAAGACACACUUGCUGGUCGACUUUGUCAACUAAUUAACUGGGAGAAAUCUUCAGUUCGAUUUUGGUAUCACUCUGUUGGUGCUGGCAUUGCUGAUGUAACUAAAAAAAAGUCAACAACUUUGAAAAUAUUGAAACUGGUGAAUGAGGUCUCAGUCUAUUUAGGCCACUGCCUAGUCAUUGCUACACAAGAGCUAUGUCAAGCAAUAUUCUCUAAGCAAACAGUGGAGAAACUUAUUCUGAAGCCAGGUGUCAUUGUCAGCAUUUUUCCACCUUGGCAAGAGCUUAAUGAAAGUGAUGGUACUAAAACAAUUUUAUGCACAAAUUAUGUCAAUGUGAUCUCAAGUUUAGAGCAAACAGAAAUAUCAGAUAUCUGUGAAGAAAUGAACAAUAGAUUGACACUUCAUUUGAAAUGGAGUUGUCCAUGCACUGCAGAGUUGUCAAUGUCCUGUACAGUAUGUCCAGCCUCAAAACAUCCAGUAAUUCCUAAUCUUCAAAUUAUGGAAGCCUCAGCCUGCUGUCCAAGUGUUAGGCUUCAUUCUGUACUUGAUUCUUUGUUUGGAAGUCAAUCAAAAAGAACACUCCUAGAAAGUAUUGAAAGAACUGAAAGUGAAUGGGCAUGUUUACCUUCCUUUGAAGCAAAAGUUUUGCGACUCCUCAGGCAAACUGAAAUCAAAACCAAAACAUUAAGGCAUCAGCUCCUCUUAGAAGAUGCUGCUGGCACUAUGAUGCUAGUUACAGUACCAGACAAUUAUUCAGCCUUAGAGAAUUUGUACAAGAUAGAGAGAAAACUAUGCACCUUUCAGGGUUUGUGUUUGGUUUCAAGAACUAACAAAGACAAGCAGCCAGACUUGUUUAGUCUCAUUGACUUAGUUUGGACUCAAGUUGCUCCACACAGCAGUGAUCAGUCACAAAGUAAACAGUCUGUCAUGUCUGUCUCUAGAUCUCCUAACUUUGCUUAUUUACUGGCAACACCAGUUGGAAGAGACUUUACAUUCAGGGUAAAUAGACCUUGUGAAGAUUUUGAGAAUUUGAAACUUGUCAGACUUAGAGACAUUCAAAAGUUGACAAGAAACAGUCGUAUUUCAUUUCUGGCCAAAAUAAUUGCUGGUGGAAUGAAGCCUGGCUGUAUACACAAAGUUUAUGUGUUUGAUGAUUUUGUAAACAAUGACACCACCACUCUUUUGUUUUUGGAAGUAAGCCCUGGCUGUGUUUUGGACAGGACUUUAUCUAUAGCUUUAUUUCGAGAUGUUUGGUAUGAACAUGGUAUGCUCACUGCUGACAAUAUGACUACAAUACUUUCUUCAACUUCUUGUCAAAGCUGGAAUAUUAAUAUUCAUUCCUCUGAGUGGGAAAGGGUUAACCAAAGUGCACUGCACCUACCUAAAGUCAGCAGUGACUCUUUACCAGGAAGUUUAGUUACAGUUCAAGGAACAAUAACAAGUGUUGAUGACAGUAAUGCAUAUUCUUGGGACGAGUGUGACUUUUGUGCUAGUGAUAGACUUGUUACUUUAUCUGAUACUGGAUCAAUUUGGUGUAAGGAGUGCAAUAGAAAAGUUGAACUACCAGUAGUAAAGAUGAAAAUGGAGGUGUUUAUUCAAGCUGGCAACUUGAAUGCCACAGUGAAAAUUGAUUUAUCACAAAGAACCAUACAGUCUCUAUUACCCAGACAAAUUGAUGAAGAGGGCUAUGAUCUAGGACAAGUGAUCAACCAACAAGUGAACUGUCCAGUAUGUUUGGUCCAAGAGCCUAAGCCUGAUAGCCAAAUGAAACAAGCAAAGUUAAGCUUAUUAGAAUUAAAUUAUUUUUAAUAUUUUUUUAUAUAAUAUUAUAUUUGUGAUUGUGGUACUGAUAAGUUGUUUUGAUUAGCACAAGUUUGAUAAGUUGUUUUGAUUAGCACAAGUUUUAUUUCAUCAGUCAUUUUAAACAUUAAAAAACUUUUCAUAGAUUACA